GUCGAAGAUGCACUGGACACCGGAACACGCCCAGCCCCUCAACCAGUGGCCAGAGCAGCACCUGGACGUCUCCUCCACUACCCCGUCACCGGCCCACAAGUUGGAGCUGCCCCCUGGGGGUCGCCAGCGCUGCCACUAUGCUUGGGCACACGACGACAUCUCUGCCCUCACAGCCUCCAACCUUCUCAAGCGCUACGCAGAGAAGUACUCAGGGGUCCUGGACUCGCCCUACGAGCGCCCCGCGCUGGGCGGCUAUGGUGACGCCGCCUUCCUCAACGGCGCCAAGGGGGACCCCGAGUCCUGGCCAGGGCCGGAGCCCCCCUACCCCUUGGCCUCACUCCACGAGGGUCUCCCGGGAACCAAGUCGGCCAGCGGGGCCGGCUCCGGGGGCCUCGGGGGCUCCCCGGUUUUAGCCGGGAACCUGCCUGAACCCCUCUAUGCCGGCAAUGCGUGCGGAGGCCCGUCUGCGGCGCCCGAGUACGGGGCGGGCUACGGCGGGGGUUACCUGGCCCCCAGCUACUCGGACGGCGUGCUGGUCGUGGGCACCACCUCGCGGCCGGCGGCUCUGGACGAGGCCACCCGCAGGCGCUUCGGUCUCCGCUUCUACGUGGCGCUGCCCGACGGUCCUGCCCGUGGGCAGAUCCUGCAGCGGGCGCUGGCCCAGCAGGGCUGCGCGCUGAACGAGCGGGAGCUCGCGGCCCUGGUGCAGGGCACCCAGGGCUUCUCCGGGGGCGAGCUGGGGCAGCUGUGCCAGCAGGCAGCGGCCGGGGCGGGCCUCCCGGGCCUGCAGCGGCCCCUCUCCUACAAGGACUUGGAGGCAGCGCUCGCCAAGGUGGGGCCUAGGGCCUCCCCCAAGGACCUGGACUCGUACGUGGAAUGGGACAAAAUGUACGGCUCCGGACACUGACGGCGCGUCGGGAGGUCGCGGGAGCAGCAGCCCCUUCCUCCCCGCCCCUCCGUCUGGGACGGGCAUGUCUUUAACUAAACCGGGAAGGGAGGGGGCCGGAGUGAUGAAUGUGGACUGGGGGAGGGGCGGG